AUGGCGACGGGCGGCAGCGGCGGCGGUGGCCCUGGUGGUUGGCAGGCCGACGACGAGCAAGAUCCUGGCGGAGACAUCAGGUUUUUGAACGAGGGCUUCCCCCCUGUGGCGGGGGAGCCAGAACCUGUCCUACAGCUGUCGGCGCCGGUGAAGCCUGGAGCGCCAUGGGAGAAGGCCUGGACAUCUGCGGGCAGCAGCUCCAGCUCCAGCGUCGACCCGAUGAGCCAUUACAUCUCCGACAACGGGUUAGAGACAGAGAUGUGGGAGCUUUUUGUGCAGUUUGAUGGUGUCAAAUUUGUGCAUAAGUCAAUGCCUAGGUCAGAAAUUAGGUAUCUGAAUCUGUUGGCACUAAUGGAGAAGGAGGGAUAUGGCAUAUGUGACUCUAUGUAUUAUGUUAAAGAAGAAGGGGAGGGAUUAAAUGGGUUAGAUUUAGUUGACAGCAAUUUUAAGGUGGAAGAGAUGAUUAGGAGGUAUGAAAAUCGUAAGAAAUUGGUACUAACUGUCAUGAGAGAUAAACAGAGAAACCAGGCAAUUGUGCUAUCACCUGUGAAGACAAAAAAUUCAGAGAGUGUUACAGCCAAAUCAAGGCCAAUUCAAAUUGAUAUUGAGGAAGAAGAGCUUGUUCCUUGUCAGAUGCAGACUCAGGGAAGUGUGUACUGUCAGCUGAUGCAGACACAAGUUGCAGAGAAUGACAUGGAUGAAGAAGAGGAGGGGCAGGCAGUAGAGGACUGGCAGGCAGUAGAGGACAAAGAGGAGGAGUGGCUGAAGCAGAGAUUUGAAGAUAUGAAGAGGGAGAGGGAUGAUCCUUUGACACAUUGUGAGGGUGAUACAUAUAUUGAGGAUAUAUUUGUUAUUGAAGAGGACACUCAACCAAUUCAAGUUCAAGAACCUGUGAAGAAGAAAGUGAGGAGGCAGGGCCCUACUACCAGAUCACAUAGUCAGCAAGAAAGGAAUGUGUUGCCUGAGUGGGUUCCUUCUGAUGAUGAAGAAGACCAAGGCUUCAUUAAUGUGGAUGAUGAUGAUGGUUUUCAGGAGCCAACUUUUGUGCAGCCUAAAGGGAGGAAGAGCAGAGCAAAGAAAUAUAAACCUAGGGUUUGGUAUGAUGAGAACAGAUAUAUGUCAGCUUCUCAGAUCAAGAAUGAGGAGACAUUUUGCAUCAAGAAGAUGGAGCUACAGCAUACCUGUCCAAUUGAUCCUACAAAUACCAGGGUGAAUUCAAAGUGGCUUAGCAGACAGUAUGUGGACAAAUUCAGGUCUGACCCAAAUACCAACAUCACUUCUUUGCAGGACAAAGCAAAGAAAGAUUUUGGUGUAUCAGUUCCCAAAAGGAUGGCAUACAAGGCAAAGACUAAAGCCAGACAUAUGGUGCUUUGUGAUCAUAAGAAGCAGUAUUUUAGAAUCAGGGAUUAUCUACAAACUGUAAUUGAUAAAAACCCUGGUUCUAGAUGUAUUGUCACAACUGGACAGAAUGUUGAUAUCUCCUUUGAACCAAGAUUCCAUGGUUUGUUCUUUUGUGUUAAUGCUGCAAGGCUAGGGUUUCUUGAAGGUUGUAGGCCAUUCAUAGGUCUAGAUGGUUGCUUUAUUAAGUUGACAACAGGUGCUCAAAUACUUGCUGCAACAGGAAGAGAUGGCAACAACAACAUGUACCCAAUUGCUUGGGCUGUAGUUGCUAAGGAAGAUACAGAGAAUUGGGUUUGGUUCUUAGAACAACUGAAAGAAGCACUUGGUGGAGAUGAAGGGCAAUUUGGGAGAUACACUAUCAUGUCAGACAGGCAGAAGGGCUUGCUGAAGGCAGUGUCAACUGUAUUCCCAAAUAGCCCACAGAGAUACUGCUUGAGGCACAUCUAUGCCAAUUUUCAAACUGCUGGCUUUAGAGGAGAAGAUUUAAAAAAGUGCAUGGACAAUGCAGCUUAUUCUUACACAAAGCAUGGGUUUGAUGUUGCAAUGGAAGAAUUAAAGAAACAAUCAGAGGCAGCUUGGGUGUGGUUGUCCAAGAUACCUGUGCACACAUGGGCCAGGUGGGCAAUGGACACAAACUGCAAAACUGAUUUGGUUGUUAACAAUUUGAGUGAGGUGUUCAACAGGUACAUACUUGAUGUUAGGAGCAAGCCCAUUGUAACUAUGCUUGUUGGAAUUUAUGACAAGCAAAUGGUGAGGCAUGAUGGCAAGAGAGAUGGAGGACAGAAAGCUUCAUGGGCCAUAACACCACACUACACUGAGAUGCUGGAGCUGAUGAAGAAAUAUUCAAGGGCAUGUAUACCAAAGAGGUCAGAUAUUGACCUAUGGCAGGUACAAAGUGGCAACCAUACUGAAGAGGUAAACCUGGACAAAAGGAGUUGCUCUUGCAGGAAAUGGGACCUGACAGGAAUGCCUUGCAAUCAUGCAGUUAGUGCUAUUUACCAAGCUGGCAUGCAUCCUGAAGAUUUUGUGUCAGAUUUCUUCAAAAAACCCAUGUAUGUGGCAUCCUAUAGGCCAAUCUUCUAUCCAAUGCCAGCACAGCAUGCGAAACAGUGCCCCCCCGUCUUUGACAUCCCCAAAUCGAACGAGGCCGGUCCCGUGACCCCGCUCCGCCUUCCCCAAAUCGAACGAGGCCGCUCGGCCUCACGCGCGCCGCUCUGGCACUGGCGUGGGCGUGGCACGCCUUGCCGCCGCCGCGAUGGUGGCGCCCGCUCGCCUCGGACCCAGCCGCGGAGAAGGACGCCGCCGACGCAGACUCCGGCCGCCCACCUCUGCCAGAAGCUGGCCGCCAAGGACCGCCUCGCAGCCGAGCUCGCAGAGAGGGCCGACGCGCUCGACGGCGCGGGCGGCAUGGAGUGUACAGCAAUCCAUCCCACUCAGGCGCCAAUCGACUGUACAUCACCACCAAACUCGCCAGGCCGCGCCGCUCGCAGCCGGCCGCCGCAUCUCCUAGGCUCUUCGUGCGCGUUGCCAAGUAGAACUAUGCCUCCACCAGGUUCUACUGCUCCAUCAACAAGUUCUCCAUCUGCUAGUGCUCCAUCUUCUAGUGCUCCAUCUGCUAGUGCUCCAUCAGGUUCUACAGCUCCACCAGCUCCAAGAUCAUCUGCAACAAGGCCUCAUACUGCUCCAGCAGCUCCAAGAUCAUCUGCAACAAGGCCUCCUACUGCUCCACCAGGUCCAAGAUCAUCUGCUCAAGGGAGGGGCCAGGGUGUCUAUUCAUACUUCACAGCUGGUGCAAAUGCAAGUGCUGGCAGAGAACCUGGAGUUGGACCUCUUGGCAAUUCAUAUGCUGGUCCUAGCUGUUCACCAGAUGAUUGUUAG